AUGCCUAGCUAUGUGAAGUUUAUGAAAGAAAUCUUGUCAAGAAAGAGGAAAUUAGAGGAUUAUGAGAUGGUUACACUAACUGAAGAGUGCAGCGAAAUACUACAGAAGAAACUACCUUCAAAGCUCAAAUAUCCUUGUAGUUUCAAUACCCCAUGUUCUAUAGGGGGUUUAGUAGGAAUAAAGGCGUUAUGUGAUUUAAGGGCCAGUGUGAAUUUAAUGCCUCUAUCAAUCUUUCAGAAGCUAAAUUUGGGAGAAGCUCGGCCAACUACGGUAUCUUUGCAGAUGGCAGAUAGAUCAGUUAAUCACCCUCAUGGAGAGAUUAAGGAUGUAUUGGUAAAAGUGGGUAAAUUCAUCUUUCCUAUGAACUUUAUUGUAUUAGAUAUGGAGGAAGAUGAAAAUAUUCCAAUAAUUCUUGGAAGAUCAUUCUUGGCGACUAGUAGGGCUUUAAUUGAUGUAUAA